CGCAUAGGCAUUCUUCAAGCAGUCUUGCUGCUAUGGGCUUGUCCGUGGACGUGGCCCCUCACUUCAGUUUUUCCUUUUGAAAUAGGUUCUGAACUGCACAUUUUGCAAAGUAGGAUAACUGUCGACGACGAGAACUAGUAAUUUAUUGAGACUGCAGUUCUUCUAAAGGAAACUUAUUUUAUGUUGACGUUUGCAGUCAUUAGGUUACCUCUGAGAUACAGGGUGUGUUGAAGUGAGUAAUCUUGGGAGUUCCUUCUCUUCUCCUCUGUUUAAGUUUAGUGAAGGAAUGACUAAAUCUGUAAAAGGACACCGAGGCGUCUGAAUGGAGAAAAUGGAGAACAAAGAUCUCGAGAUAAAUUUCGAAGAAAAACUAACAUUGUCAGACAAAGGUCUGCCCCCCACCCCCGACAGCAGCGCUAAUGGCUUGGACGCAAGCAGCCCGCUCAAAGCAGAUGACACCACCAUCACAGACUCGUCCCUGGUGACGGACCCCCCCUCAAAAACAGUCCCCACCAGCAAAUCAGACGGGCGGCCCUCCACACCAGGCAACAGCAGCAGCCCCCAGCCCAAGAAAGAUGGGAUGAACUCAGAGCAGAAACAGAAACAGGCAAAGCAGCGGAGAGAAGAAAGAGCAAAGUACAUUGAAGAGCGUACGCUGGAGCAAGCUGCGAAGAAGGCCCAGUGGCUGGAGAAGGAGGAGAAGGCGCGACGGCUGCGUGAGAGCCAGCUGGAGGACCGGCGCAGGAGGCUGGAGGAGCAGCGGCUGAAGGCCGAGAAGAGACGCGCCCUCCUGGAGGAGCGACAGAAGGAGAAGCUCGAGAGGAACAAGGAGAGGUAUGAGGCUGCCAUCAAGAGGUCAACCAAAAAGACAUGGGCCGAGAUCCGACAGCAGCGAUGGUCCUGGGCCGGCGGCCUCAACCAGACGUCCCGCAGAGAAAGCAGAUGCUCGGCCUCCACGGUCAACCUGCCGCGACAGCUGGAGCCUGUCAUUAACAACAGGCUGUCCAAGUCCUCUGCCACGCUCUGGAACUCGCCCAACAGAACCCGCAGCUUGCGCCUGAGCCCGUGGGAGAGCCGCAUCGUGGAGCGGCUCAUGACGCCAACCCUCUCCUUCCUGGCCCGCAGUCGGAGCGCCGCCACACUCCACAACAGCAGUGACUCCCACUUGCAGUGUUCCCGCUCCCCGUCGGCGAGCCCCCUGACGGUCUGCUCCCAUCAGCACCAGCACAGCUCCGAGCGCUGGAGGGUCUCCACCAGCACACCCGACAUCACACAACGCCAGCGCAGACGCCACUCCACACCUGUGGAGAAAAAGACAAAAGAGAAGAAAGACAAAGAGAGGGAAAAUGAAAAAGAGAAGAACGCUCUGACAAAGGAGAAAGUGCUGAAAAAGAGACAGUCCCUCUCUACCCCCAGAACAAGAACAGAACUCAGUGCUGCGACAAAACCCAGAAACAGAACUUCAUCACCAGCACCCCCCAGAAGCAGACCCCUGUCCCCCUGCCCCACCGUCACCACUGCCAAGCCCCCCUCCGCUGGACGGGCCUCCUCCGGUACCAAGACCCGUCCCAAGCGCUCCCAGACCCCCGCAAAGAUACCGCCUCAGACGGUCACCGCCGUCGCCGUGGAGACCAAGAAAGAGACCAGUCGGCCACACACGCCGGAGGCACCUAAGAGCACAGCCAGUGUCCCCUCCAUUUCCGUCUCAGCGGCUCCUGCCACACCCCCUUCUGUGAGCGCACCAAUCAUAGCAGCUGCUCCAGUGGCAGCUCCCACAGUUCCUGCCCCUCCAGCAGCUGAGAUGCCCACCCCAGCUGCCCCAGUCACUCCAACCACUCCAGUUACCCCAGUCGCCACGGCAACCAGCCCGGCUGCCCCAGCUGCUCCAGCUGCCGUGGUUACCCCUGUUGCCAAGCCGACUGCUGGUACUAAUGACCCAGAGGAGGCGUCUCGCGUUCUGGCGGAGAAACGACGUCAGGCCCGCGAGCAGCGCGAGAGGGAGGAACAGGAACGUCUAGAGCAGGAACAGAGGAACAAAGUCCUGCGUGAGGAGUUUGCUGCUCGUGAGGUGGAGGAGAGGAGGCGCCGGGAGGAGGAGGCACGCCUGAUGGCCGAACAGCAGAAGCUCAGGGACGAGGCUCAGAGGCUGCAGGAGGAGAGGGAGGCGCAGCAGAGGGCCCUCGCCAAGCAGGAGGAGAAUGUGCGCCUUCAAAGACAGAGAGAGGAGACCGAAUCGAAGGCAAGGGAGGAAGCCGAGAGGCAGCGGCUGGAGAGAGAGAAGCACUUUCAGAAGGAGGAGCAGGAACGACUGGAGAGGAAGAAGCGCCUUGAGGAGAUCAUGAAGAGAACCCGUCGCAAAAGUGACGUAGGCGAAAAGAAAGACACUAAACCUCCAGUCCAAAUCAAUGGAAAGGACACAAACUCAGACCAGCAGACAGACAAAGCUCCAGGCAACCAGCAGGGAUCAUCUGAGAUGCUGAGAAAUGGUGCCACAAAUUUGGGCCAAUCACAGAUUCAAGAGAGCCCAGCUGCCUGGGACUCAGCCCCUGUUCUGAACGGGGUCCAGCCAGCCAAACACCAGAACGGCCUGUCACCCAAUGGAGACCCAGCUGACUUUGAUGACAUUAUCCAGCUGUCUAAUCAUAGUGGCAGUGGCAAUGUUGGCCAGGACAAACCAGCCAAUAGCAACACAAUCCUGGCCUUCGAUGAAGGUGACCCCUUCCUGAUGAAAGGUGGUGCUAUGAAGACCCACCAUGUCACAGAGGUCCUCUGAGUCAUGUGUCCAUCUUUGGCCUUCACCACAGCGAACUGAUAUGUGUGACACAGCGCCAGCUUCCAGAAUGAAGUGUGCCAAAUAAUAAUCAUGUUGAAAAAGCAAAACACAAAAUAUCUGAAAGACUGCUCUUACCGUAGAACACUAUAAAGACAUCCAUGGCCAGCACUUAGCAGUUACCGUAAAACAUGGAGAAUCUGCAUCUCUACUACUGGACAUUCAUCUUAAAGAAGAAAAAAAGAGGAAAAUGCAAAACUAAAAAAAAAUAUUCAAACAACAAAAAAAUCUGUCUGCUUCACUGCUUUACAUGGUGCAACGUUGUUGAGUUUUAUUGAAUUGUCACUUGCAGAUUUUGUUAUGCACCUCAAGAGACUGACAAUAUAAUGAAUUUUAGAGUAUAAAAACUAAGAAAUACACAGUAUUGUUAUAAUUAUAAUUGUUGUUAUUGUUACAUAUGGCUGUUGUUCUCCACCAUUGAUAAACAGUGUGUUUUUGUCUUGAAUUGUUGAGUUAUUUAAUUUCAGAUGCAUCAUGGGAAUGGGGAACAGUGUAUGUAAAUGUAUAUGAGCCUGAACAUGGAUGACCUGUGGAAUAAAGCUUUAUGAAAGGGAGUGAGUUUGUUUAUUUGUGUGCGUAUGUGUGUGUGUGCUUGUAAACUGGAAGUACUUUGUGCAUACAGCUCCAAAAUGACUACUUUCCAAUAUAAAGUGGAGAAUAUAAAAUAGUAAAUAAUAAGGUAAAAGCACUGUUUAAACAUUCAUGAAGAUGAAGUAUGCCUUGCUAUUUACAAUUGCUACAGCUUCGUAUAAGUAGUAUCUUAUGUGUGUAUGCUUCUUGGAUUUUGUCUGAUUGUGUUUGUGUAUCUGUGAAGCAGUGUUGAUGCAUAUUUCUCUCCAUUCUCUGAACUUUAUGUCUGCCAAAAAAUAUCCCUAAAAAUAGGAUAUUUGUGACUGAAAAAAAUCAGGGUCAACAUACAAUACUCCAUUCCUCCUACAGAGGGCAGUACUAGUCCUGAAAUGUUACUGUCAGCAAAAUUGUAGUUAUUCUCCACAUAGGCUAUAUAUCUGCUAGUUUGUAUAUACAACAGUUUACAAUCAAAGAAAAUGCAUACAUUACUUGCGCGUCAUUUUAUCACAGCAUUAUUCCAAUGCCUUCCCAUGUUGACCUCUGUUAUGCACUAUAAAGGUAUUGUUGUUUUGAAUGACUGUAAUAUGACAUCCAGUUAUGCCACAGUGAUGUUGGGCUCUGCCUUUCUGACCAUCACGGUUAUUGACACAUGUGGGUUUCUGAAAGCUUUUUGGCCUGGGAUUGGGUGCUGAUAGCCGUGUGGAGAGACACUCUGCUCUUCUGGUCAGUAUUUUUAGUCUCGGUGUUGACAGAGAGUGAGCAACGGGGAGUGGGCACAGACCGUGCCAACGGGACUUUCGCAUUUCACAAGGAGAGAAUGCACCUGGACGUCGUCCCAGCUGAACGAUGUCCGAAGGACCGGCCUUGGAAGGUUUAGUGCAUGAUUCUAAUCCAAUAUACAUAAGUGGCAUUAAAGGAAAGGUGAAGGAUUCUAAUUCAAUAAAAAUAUUGUAAACUU